GGAAGACACUAGAGUGCACUCAGGUAGCCCUAGCUCUGAACAACACAACACAACACAAGACAGUUUUGGGUUCUUCUAUGUUGUUGAUCUGAACAAAGAUGGUGCAGUGGCAGAGACACAUUUUCCCCUUUCUUCGCCACAUUCGCAAGGGAGUUGUUGACGCCAAUCAUUCUUCUCCCAACCUUGUAAUUUCUCGCUUAGCCUCUUCUCUUUCACAAGGUCAGUUAGAGAGGAGGGCGUGUACGACCCCUUUUCCCUGGUUCUCAAGGCCCAUUUAUCUCGCUUUCCAACUUCGGGGAAUUUCAAGUUCUACUUGGUUGCUGGCAAAUUCAUCUGAAGAAACACCUAUUUCGUCACCUUUAGUCCCAGUUUCAUUGUUGGGUAGUUCAAAAGGUGAAGACCAGAAGCAGAAAGCUGUUACUAAGCCAGAAAAUGUUCAAGCGGUACUAAAGGGAAUAAAGCAGAGUCCCAAGAAGGUCAACUUGGUUGCUGCUCUGGUUCGUGGUAUGCUUGUUAAAGAUGCAUUGAUGCAGUUGGAAUUGACAAUAAAACGAGCUGCAAAAACUGUAUAUCAGGUUAUUCAUUCAGCCCGAGCAAAUGCUUCUCACAAUCAUGGGUUAGAUCCAGAACGUCUCAUUGUUGCGGAAGCAUUUGUAGGAAAAGGUAAUUUCAAAAAGAGAAUUUGGUACCAUGGCAGGGGAAAUGCAGGGAUCAGAGUGAGAGCAGAAUGCAGGCUAACUAUUGUAGUAAGAGAGAUAACUGCAGAAGAAGAGGCAGAGAUUGCUAGGCUGAGGGUCCACAACUUUAAGAGACUCACUAAGCGCCAGAAACGACUUGUGCCUCAUCAGCUUAUUGAGACCAAUCCUGUUUGGGGUCGCAAAAACAAAUCUAGUGCUCAAAACUUGAGUGCUGCACCUGCAUGAGCCUUACUUUUUUCUAAGUUUCCAUUUUUUAUGGCAUUUUUUGUGUAAUAGAUUCUUGGCCAUCACAUUCUAUAUGGAAACUGUUGAGAAAUUUAUCUGCCCCUUGGUGCAAAUAAUAGAAUUUUGUACUGAACCAUGUUAGUAUAUUUCUCAUUUAUUAGCUUAUUUUCCUUCCUACCGGGUACUACUAUAAAGGAUGUGUUCUGUUCUAUCAGCAGUAUGAAUCUCCUCUUGUUUUGAGGGGAAGUGUAAACCGAUGAUUUUUUCUUUUUAAGAUAGGGGUAUUCUUGCAUCA